AUGGGUAUCCUUCUCGGUGUUCACCACAUUGGCACGCUGCUGCUGCUCGUCACGGCCAUUCUCCUCCUGGUCGCCUCCAUCUCAUCGCCCGUUGUCAACAACCUGGCGCUGCUCAAGGUUCAAUUCCGCAACGGCCUCGACACCGAGGACAUGACGUUUGGUUCCUUUGGCUACUGCCAAAUGUACGACGGCCAGUCCGACUACUGCCACCGCCACCUCGGCUACAACCCUCUCAGGCUCAUCCGCGGCAUCGAUGGUGAGGUCGACAAUGGUUCCGUCGGCCGCAACACGGCCUCUGGCCUGACGCGCGUCAUGGUGCUGCACCCCGUCGGCGCCGUCCUCUCCUUCAUCGCCUUCUUGCUCGCCGUUCUCGGCACCCACGUCUUCUCCUCGCUCGCCGCCUCAAUUCUCUCGGGCCUCACCUUCAUCGUCACCGUCGUCGUCCUCGCCUGCGACUGGACCGCCCUCAGCAUCGUCCACCACCGCGUCAACGAGGUCCGCGGCAACCGUGCCACCUACGGCUCCGCCAUUUGGUGCGUCGUCGCCGCUCUCGUCACCUCCUUCUUUGGCACCAUCAUCGUUUUCCUCAGCUGCUGCGCCAGCAAGCGCAACAAGAACAAGCCCGUCGACCCCGUCGUCAAGAACGAGGCUGGCUUUGCCGACUCGACUGUGCCCAAGAAGAAGUUUUGGCAGCGCCGUUAG